CACAGCCUGCAGUUCCCGGCAGCCCUCGCGGCAGGCUGAGGGCGUCGGGGCAGUUCGCGAUGGCUGCGGCUGGUUCCGCUGCUGUGUCAGGGGCCGGGACCCCAGUGGCGGGGCCCACAGGCCGCGACCUCUUUGCCGAGGGGCUCCUGGAGUUCCUGCGACCCGCUGUGCAGCAGCUCGACUCUCACGUGCACGCGGUCAGAGAAAGCCAAGUAGAGCUCCGGGAACAAAUUGACAACCUAGCUACAGAACUGUGCCGGAUCAAUGAGGAUCAGAAGGUGGCCCUGGAUCUGGACCCCUAUGUUAAGAAGCUGCUUAAUGCCAGGCGACGAGUUGUCUUGGUCAACAAUAUUUUACAGAAUGCACAGGAACGACUAAGGCGCUUAAACCACAGUGUGGCCAAGGAAACAGCUCGCAGGAGAGCCAUGCUGGAUUCAGGAGUUUACCCUCCUGGUUCUCCAAGCAAAUAAGCACGGGCCUGUGACCUGAGUAUACAAGUACUAUUCUCCAACGGCUUUGUCUGGUAGACAUGAGAAGAUUCCAGGAAAGCCUCUGUAGACCUUUGAUUUGUUUGCAGUAUGUACUCAUUCGUGGAGUAGCCUCGAGAACCAUGCAUACAGCAGGACCAUUUCCUGAACAACCUCCAUUACAGCUUAUCCUUCUAAGAAUGAGCCUCUACCUUUUGGGUUUUGUUUCUUGAGACAUGGUCUCAAUAUGUAGUCCAGGCUGGCCUCAAACAUUUCCUCUUGCCUUAGGCUCCUGAAUGCUGGGGUUAUAAUAGGCAUGUGUCAGGGUGCCUGACUCAAGCCUCUAUACAUUUUCUCCCAGAGAAUGUUAAGUAGAUUAGGCAUCAUGUGGUAGAGAAAACACCAGAGAUUUGGUGCCAAAAGUAUACUGCUUCUCUCCCUCUGUUUGCCCAUAGUUCCCCAUAAAAGGUAAUAACCUUCCCAGAAUCAUACACAGUUUAGGUUAACUCCUGUUAACAAGUAUCACAACUCUCGCCUUCAUUACUGCCCAAGGAGAACAUGUCAGAUAACAUGAGGAUCCAAGGUCAAGGGCAGAGCCUUGACAGCUAAGAGUCCCUAAGCGUUUGUGAUCUUGUUGUUUAGGCUACAUAAUUUAAGGGCUAGAGAGAUGGCUCAAUGGUCGAGAGCACUGGUGGUUCUUCCAAAUGGAGUUCAGUUCCCAGCACCCACAUAGUGACUCACAGCAGGCUCUAACUCCAGUCCCAGGGGAAUCUAAUGCCCUCAUCUGGCCUUUUGGGGGCCCAGCACACAUACAUUAUGCAGAUAUACAUGCAAGCAAAACAUCCAUUCUCUUAAAGUUACAUAUCAAGCGCCAUCCUUCCCAAGCCUAGUUAACCAGUGUUAACCAUACUGUUACUCUUAUUACUUGGGCCUGGACAGAGUUUCCUUUACCUAUAACUUCACUUUGUUUACAAUUGAGGAUUUAGGUAAAGUCAAGGUAAAUUUAUCCUCUUGACCACCCUGGCUUGACUAUAUUAAGAACUGCUCAGCAUUAUUAAAUAAAUGCUUAUAUUGGUUAUUUUAACAAAAAAAGAAUUUAUUGUACUAUGGUUUCAAAGGGUUCAGGUCAUGGUCACCUUGACCCAUGUUUUGGGGCCUGUUUUGAGACAUGAGAAUGUGAGGUAAUCAAGCUUCCAAGAAUGCUGGACUCUGUCAUUUAUCCCUUUAUUCUGUCUGGGCACUGAACUCCUAAGAUGCUUUCAUCCACAUUUAGGGUUAAUCCUUUGCAGAAAAUUCAGGUAUUUUAGGCCAAUUAACCAUCACAAUGCUUAAAUGAUAUCCCAGGAACCCAGUACUUUUAAUUUACGUACUUUGAAACAGCAAUAUCAGUGUUUAUAAUAAAGGACUCAACUUGAAUUCUAAUGAAGUGUAUAGAAGCCAAAAGUAGUUGCUACAUAUUGAAGAAAAAUAAAAUCAAAAGCCCCAGUAGGAAGUACUUUAAUCAUUUUUCUUAGAAAAAAAAAUCCUCAGAUACUCAACAACAGUUACAACAUUUCAAUAAACAAUACUGGUUGGGAGUGGUUAGGGUUAGCUAUUGGGAAUGUGUGGCCUUCUGCUUCAUCACAGAUGGACGGAUGGCAUGUGCAGUCACAAAGGGGAGACGUCUAGCUGCUUAGCCACCAUCAAAACAGUAGCGUUUUUUUUUGUUUUGUUUUGUUUUUGUUUUUCUUUACAGUUUUCCUUCCUGCUAUUUCCCUAUGCCACAGAAAUGCCACCAUCUAAAGCCCCAUGGUGGCUGGCUUAGGUUCUUCCUUGAGGAUAAACAAUAAAGGGAAGGUCACUCCUGA